AAUCAACGGUAUUUAAAACAAUAGAACGCGUGAAGGAUUUAUUGCAAAAGGAAAUUGGACGAGGAUCACUUUGUUAGUUAUUUUCACAAAAUAAACCUCAUAAAAUUUUGUUUAAAACGUAUUCCUUAAUAAAUAAAUCAAACUAAAUAUGGUUAAAAUACCUUUGGUUCCGCAAUGGAAUCUUAACAAUGGUUGUGUUUGUACACCGGAUGGUGGUUUCCUGUAUGCAGGUUCUCGCAGCAUUAAUUUUAUUAGUUCUGUGGAGACUGACAAUGAAACACCCAUAAUACAAUGCUUUCACACUCGCCAAGGCAUACUCAGUUUAGAUAUUGAUCCGCACUGGGGUCAAUUGGACAGUGUUAGUGGGGAUGUUGGUUCCAAUGAGGAUUUGGAUAAAAAUGCUGUUGCAGUUGGCAAAGAAAAAGAGCCGGCAAAGUUAUUUGCGGCCUUGUUACAAGACAAUUCCGUACAAAUAUGGGAUUUCAAUAAAGGUUGUGCUAUACAGGGACAUAAAGCCCACUUGGCUUAUAUGCGUUAUAUGGAGGGCAAUGGUCCUUCACCCCAGCACGCCGGAGAAGUGCUCAUUAGUUACAUGUGUAAUAGAAAUGUUUUGUCAGUAGAUAAUCAAGAUAUUGUAGUGUAUUGUGUGGCCUCAAAUUCAUUUUAUCGUCGACCCAUGUUUAUAUCCUCAAGAAAUCAUCAGAUGACUUCGCUGAAAUGUUCUCCCUAUAAUGAAAAUCAUUUUGCAAUUGGUACAAAACGUGGUCUGGUCUUAUUGUGUGAUUUACAGAAAAUGUCCACAUUAUAUACCCUUAGAGGUCAUGACACUUUCAUAACAUCAUUGGCUUGGACUCGUGUGGAUUUAUCGGCGGAAAUUAUUGAUGAAAAGCCGCAGGAGUCGGCAAAACCUAAAGCCGUACAAAAGCAACAAUCUAAAGGAGGAAAAUUAAGUAGAUCAGGUGCCACAAUAGACACGGACGAAAUAUUCGAUAUCUAUGAUUAUGACUAUUUGGAAAACGAAUUUGGUGCUUCUACGCAUGAUGUGAAAGUGAAAAAUGAAUUUAUUUCGGAUUUUGUGGGCAUAGAAAAACCCCAAGAGUCCUCUACAACAGCGAAAUUUGAUUUUGCCGAGGCUUGUCAGAGCCUCAAAGAAGAAAUCAAUGCCUUAAGAGAUGAACCACCGCAAACAUCACCCGAGCACACAAUUAGUUUGGAAGAGUGUAAACAGGCGACCAAUAGUCGAGACGAUUUAUCGUCGUGUGGCAGUGAUGGUGAUGACGAGGCUGAUGAUAAAGACAAACAAUUAUCAAGCGAUAAAGAAUCAUCAGAUGGUAGUUUGGUGCGUUUAGUAUGUCGUACACCUUCCUCAGAAGAGAGUGUAGAUGUGGACGGUAUGUAUAUUAACAAGCAACAGAGCAUAAUUUGCCAAGCAGACGUACACAACAGCCAGUCUCAAGACAAUGAACAACCUAAAACUAGUGAAGCCUUGGAAAUACAUUCAAACGAUGACGAUAUACAAAUAAUCAGUGAACCAACUAUCGAAAAGGAAAAAGAGGAGGAAUUGAAAUGUCCUAAAGCUAAUGAAGUCGGUGACAUUUUAUUGGCAUCCACCAGUGCUGAUGGAGGAUUUAAUAUUUGGAAUGCUACAACUGGAGCCACUUGUGAUUCUCAUAAAGUUCGAUCAUCUCAUGGAGGCAAAAAUAAUCAUAUUCAAGCCUCUUGGAUUUCAUCUACCUCAAUAAUAAUCAACAAUAAAGCCGGUGAAUUGCAGAUGUGGUGUAUGCAACCACUAACGAAUAAUCAGCUGUCUCAAAAGUGUGGCUUUAGGCCGUACAAGUUUAAGGAAACAAAACGUCGCUGGUCUCAACGUUCUGUGAUCUCAUUUGCCUGUUCUCUCAAACAACAAUUAGUUUGGUGUAUAUCGUCUUAUCGUGAAGUUGCUCUGGAAGACAUCAAGCUAAAUAAAACAAAAUUAAAAUAUAGUUGUGUUUCCACAAACAUUGGUGCCAUGCAAGAGUGUCCCGAUGAUAUGAAUAAAAUUGCAUUAGGUUUUUCGGAUCGUCGAAUUGGCAUAAUAGACAUCUCCAAAAUGACACCAACUUCAGUGCAUAUUGACAAUUUUGUACAACGCAUUGAAUCGAAUGUUAUGUCUUUGGUAUGGAGUCCAGAUUGCAAGAAGUUAGCCUAUGGUACAAUGGAGGGAAGAAUUGGUAUCAUUAAUAUAGAAGCAUCUAAUAAACAACCAUUUACUUAUAAUUCAAUUUGCGGCAAACCAAUAUAUUCCAUAAGCUGGCAGGAUAAAUUCUUGUAUGUGGUCUGUAACGAACGUAUAGCUGUUUAUGAAGAUGAUCCAAAUAAAAAGGAUCCUUAUGUUAUUCCUGAAAUUGAUAGUGUUGCAUGUAUUUCACUACGCAGCAAAUAUCUUUUUGUUGGCACUCAAAAUGGCCAGUUGAAGAUGUUUAUUCGCACAGGUAGCACAUAUUUUCAAUAUGAACACAAAAUUUCUAUGGAAUUGGCACCUCGCUAUAUUAGCGACAUAUCUUGGAGUCCCAUAGCAACAAAUAAAUUAGCUGUUGUGGCUAAUGCCAACAACAUACACAUUUUGGAAUUUAACCAUGAAACAGCUGACUUACAAAUAAAACGUAAAAUUGAAAUAAAUGCACCGAAGGCGGCCAAUGGCUGCGCUAAAUGGAGUAAUCGUAAUGAAAACUAUUUUCUAACAUGUGGCUUUGAUGGUGCAGUGCGCGUUUGGGAUAUAUCGAAUGAAACAAAUCCGGAACUGUUUGUUAAAAUCUAUCAUUGUCCAAUGUCAUGUGGCCUCUUCAUGCCAACCGAUGAGGAGAUUAUUCUAUGCUCUGGCAAAAGUGCUGCAUUGGAAUUUAUCGAUAUGCGGGUGGAAAGAACCGAAAGCACUUCGGGCAAAUCGAAACGUGCAAGCGCUCGAACAUUGGAUACCGUGCAGUGGGCCACAAAAGCUCUAACACGUAACGAGGCCAAAUCACAGUCAGUGGAUAAAAAACUCAACCGUCGUCUGGCCAAAACGCCGGAAAAUAAUGUAGCAGAGGUGGUCGAAAAUAAUGUUGCGGCGGAUGGUAAAGUAGAGAAUGGUGUGACGACCAGUGAAGAGGUAUCAACCAUGUUGGAGAAGCUGCAUUUACAAAAGACAGAAGGAUCGAUUAAUAAUACAUCUGUUUAUAUGAAGAAUCCUCUAACUUUAUUGUAUCUUACGACAAAAGAAAUUAAUAAAGAUGCCUUGGAUUUAAUGUUUUCCAUAUUGAGCACUCCGAAACCGUGUGGAAAUAAGUCGCUGAGUGCCAAAUUAUUUGGUACAAAAUCUGAAGCGAAAGAAGUACUGGCAGAUGAAUUAAAAAAUCAUCAACAUAGUGAAAUUAAAGGAAUCUCUAGCUUGUUUAUGCCUCAAUUGAAUGGCAAUCUUAAAGAUGAAAUACUCCGAUGUGUACAGACUAAACAACUGUGUGAAUGGCAUGUUUCCUUGGCGCCCAGUAUUUCCUAUAGUUUUUGGCAAAAAUGUUGUCAAGCCUAUGCAGAACAACUAAUUGAACAGGGUUAUGCCUUACAAGCUGCUGCGUAUAUGCUGGCUAUACACCAACAGCAAGAUGCCAUAGAAAUGUUAAUGGAACAGAAACUGUUCAAGGAGGCCUUACUUAUUGCACGUAUUUAUUUACAAAGCGAAGAUCCUCUUAACAACACAAUAAGCGAACAAUGGAUAACACAUUUAUAUGCUAAUGGAAAUCUAACGGGUGCAGCAUUAUUGUGUUUGUUGACGAAACAAAAUAAUCGUGCAUAUGAAUGUUUAGCUAAAAUACGUAAUACCGCUCCCGAAAUUGAGCGCGUUAUUCGUCUCUUGAAAUCAUCGGACAUUCAAGUAUAAAAAUGCAUUUUUUUUUAAACAAUAAAAAUAGUUUUAGUGUUUUGAACAAAUUAUAACCAGUAUUCCAUACAAAAAAAAAACAA